AUGAGCGAUUCAGAAGAAUGCCUUUCGGAACCUUACCAGGACUCAGGAUCGGAGUAUGAACCAACUACAACGAAUAAUAAACGAAAAAUUAUCGAUGCAAAUAAAGAUUCUAGUGUCGAUACUGAUGGGAGUUCUUGUGAUUCCGAUUCUUCAAUACGUCGCAAAGGUUCAGGUCACAAAAAAUGUCACUUUGAUAAAAGGCAAAACGAAAUUCCUGGGACAUCAAGUGCUAGGAAUUUAGAUAGUCCAAGAAAAACAGACGGUACAUCGGUCGAAUUAGACGAUCGGGAUGAUAUGCCAGACGACGAUGAUGUUCAAAGAACAAAAUCCACUAGAAAACGAAAAGCUAACCAGAAAGAUUGGAAGAAAAAUAUAAGAAAAAGGUUACGACAAAGUGGAAAAGAAUACAAAAGUUGCCGAGGCCAGGCUGUUGGGGCUAGGGCUUUCAGAAGAAACUGUAUGGAAAAAAAUUUGUCCAAAGAGGCCCGCAUGAACGAAAAAUUCUACAAAAUAAUCUACAUGUGUAUUAGCGAGACUUAUUGA